AUGUCUACCUCCAAUGGCGAGGACCUAAUAUCGUCUUUAUACCCACCUCCCCCUCCAUUUGCCAAGUAUUUCACUGACGAAAACUUGGCCCAAUUAGCAGAAAUUCAAUCGUCGGUAAACAAAAAUGAUGCUGCCAAUAAUAACGACGGCGACAAUGACAAUGACAAUGACAAUGACAAUGACGAGCAUAUAAAGGGCGAGCUCAAGUUCCUAGUCCCACCAAAAGUACCAUCCGGGACGCAGUACAGAGGAUACGGAAAUAUAUGGUCCUUCAAGGACAAACUACCAAAUUUAAAAGAUACUCAAUGGGAACAACUAUACGACGAUGCCAACUUGACCUCGGAAACCAAGAUUAAAGAGUUGCACAAGAUGAUGGACUCGUUGUUGCUCAAUUUUGUUGAGUUGAUUCGGUUGUUAAGUGUUGACCCACAACAAUUUGAACCCAAAGUUAAAGAUAUGAGUUUGUUAUUGAUCAAUUUCAAUCAUAUUUUAAACACGUAUCGACCACAUCAAAGUAGGGAGAGUUUGAUUAUGUUGUUGAGAAAGCAAAUCCAAGCUAAAAGGAAGGAGAUUGAAAAUAUCAACUCUGUUUGUGAGGAGGUGAAGUCGAAAAUCGUUGCAAUGACAACUGAAGAUUUUGACAUGAAUAUUGAUACUAAUGACGAGAAAGUGGUGAGUGGUUACGAUGGUAAUGUGGAGAAGGAAAGAAUAGUGGAAAGUCUACUACUGAAGGUGUAA